CAAUUAUCUCAUCACAUUUUUUAGGAAAAAGACUUUAUAACCAAACUUAAUUCCAUUUUUAAUUCAAAUUUAAAAAUUUCUACCUGCAUUCUCAUUUUAUUUUCUUUUUCCCAUUUCACAAGUAGAGCAACACAAGAACAACGUUGCUCCAAAAUUUAGUAUAUAACCGUUUUUGGCAUUGUUUCUAAACCCAAACCAAAAAGAGAAGAUUCCACAUCAUAAUCGCUUAUUCGUCGUUUUUCACGUUUGUUCUACUUCUCGUAAAACUCGAUCAUCAUCAACACUGUUACCACUAGCAUCAGAUUUCAUUUUCAGUAACCACCGAAGUGUUGCGUUUUUGCCAGAUCUUGCGGCGUGUUAUUAGGGCUUUUUCAGGACACUCUCCCUAUGCACGAAGUGAUGAAGUAAAUAGAGAUAUGGAAUCUCAAAGCAGUAACCCCUUGAGAUAGGCACCAUGUUGAAAGAUGCAGGAUCUUUCCAAAAUUAGCUAAUUAAGUAUGCAGUACAGUACAGGCCUUGUUUUCUUUUAACAAGCAUCUUUUGCUCUUAUACGGAGGAUACAUCUCACUUGCUAAGUAGUAAAGAUUAGCUCUCAACAUAGUUUUAUGAUCAUACAAUCAGAAAAGUUUGGACAUAAUGGGGACCAAUACUCGCAGUUCUACCAAUAGAAAGCCAAAUGAAAGUAUGAGGCUUGUUCUGACAACUUUUGUUGGAAUAGUUUUUGGCUUCUUAAUAGGGAUAUCAUAUCCAACAUUAACUACAAAGCUGACUAUCUCAUCCCGCCUGCUUCCCUCGAUUGAUGUGUCUUCCAUUGAAGAUGAAUAUGAAAGUGGCAAUGGUCGGUCUUUUAUGAAGAAUAAUAGCAGCGACUCAUCAAAAUAUAAGUUAUUAAAUGACACGUUGAAGAUUUGGGUUCCAUCAAAUCCAAGAGGUGCAGAAAGAUUACCUCCUGCGAUAAUUGAAGCCGAGUCAGACUUUUAUUUGCGUAGAUUGUGGGGUGAGCCCAGCGAGGAUUUAACCUCAAAGCCAAGGUACCUUGUGACCUUCACUGUCGGUUAUGAUCAGAAACGUAAUAUUGAUGCAGCUGUGAAAAAGUUUUCAGGGGAUUUCACGAUACUUCUGUUUCAUUAUGAUGGCCGAACAACUGAAUGGGAUGAGUUUGAAUGGUCGAAGCAGGCUAUUCAUGUGAGUGUUCGCAAACAGACAAAAUGGUGGUAUGCUAAACGGUUUCUGCAUCCUGACAUUGUGGCACCUUAUGACUAUAUUUUUAUAUGGGAUGAAGAUCUGGGUGUUGAGCAUUUUAAUGCAGAGGAAUACCUAAGACUGGUGAGGAAGCAUGGGUUGGAGAUUUCACAGCCUGGUUUGGAACCUAAUAAUGGGCUGACAUGGCAAAUGACAAAGAGAAGAGGUGAUCGUGAGGUUCACAAAGAAACAGAGGAGAAACCAGGAUGGUGCAGUGACCCUCAUCUGCCUCCUUGUGCAGCGUUUGUUGAGAUUAUGGCUCCAGUGUUUUCACGUGAAGCAUGGCGCUGCGUGUGGCAUAUGAUUCAGAAUGACUUGGUCCAUGGAUGGGGUCUCGACUUUGCUCUUAGAAAAUGUGUUGAGCCGGCCUAUGAGAAGAUAGGAGUUGUUGAUACUCAGUGGAUUAUUCAUCAAAGUAUUCCCUCGCUAGGGAAUCAGGGAGAAUCAAAAUCUGGGACGGCGCCAUGGCAAGGGGUAAGGGAGAGGUGUAGAAAGGAGUGGACAAUGUUCCAGAGUCGAAUGGCGCGUGCAGAAAAUGCAUAUUACAAGGCCGUGGGAAUUGAUUUGUUUAAUUCAACUAAUCCUUAGGGGACAGGGACGACUUGUACACAACCAUCACAUUGCCUUCCAUUUUACACACGAAAAAUGUUUUCUUACACUCCAUUCAUAGAGAAUUGUUUUUUGGGUCAUAUAGUAGCUAAGGGACAAAAUAACACCAUGUAGAAUUUCAGAGCUGAAAGUUAGAGAAUUAAAUGUAGGUCAGUGUGUAUUUGAUUGUAAUGUUCUUUUAGAAUCUAUGCGACAAUGCCUGGUAAUACCCAAAUUGGACACGACUAUUAAGAAGCCUUUUACUGUA